GCUAUGCUUCUUACUCUUACACCCCUCUCCCAACGGCAAGCACCAGCUUAUAUCAUUCCCAGUUUCCCACUCCAAAAGGUCAGACCAAACUGAAUCUUCCACUUCCUCUACAAUGGCAACAACUACAAAUGUUGUUCUCAACCCUCCCAAUUUGGGGUUCCUCACUCCUAGGCCUCUCCAUCUCACACUACCGAAUUUGAAAACCAGAGUAAAGUUGCAAUCUUUAUCCAUGUCUAGACCAACCCAUUUGAAGGUUUCGCAGAAUUCACUCACACCCACUCAAGAAUCACGUUCUUCCUCACUACAAGACGACUUGCUCAUUGUGGGUCCCGGUGUUCUUGGUCGCUUAGUAGCUCACAAAUGGCAACAGGAAAUUCCGGGUUGUCAAGUUUAUGGACAGACAAUGACUGUUGAUCAUCACAAUGAGUUGAUUCAAAUGGGGAUUAAUCCAUCUUUGAAAUGGACUGAAGCUACUCAGAAAUUUCCAAAUGUCUUAUAUUGUGCUCCUCCAUCCCGGACCACAGACUAUGCUGAUAAUGUUAGGCUAGCUGCAUUAAGCUGGAAUGGUGAAGGUUCUUUCGUAUUUACGUCAAGCAGUGCUCCAUAUGACCGCAAUGAUAACGGACCGUGUGAUGAGGAUACUCCAUCUGUGCCAAUUGGGAGAAGCCCCAGGGUCGACACCCUUCUAAAAGCUGAAAAUGUGGUACUGGAGUUUGGCGGGUGUGUUCUAAGAUUGGCAGGCCUUUAUAAAGCAGAAAGAGGUGCACACAACUAUUACUUAGAAAAGGGCGUUGUUGACAGUCGUCCUGAUCACAUCUUGAAUCUUAUACAUUACGAGGAUGCAGCCUCCCUCUUAGUUGCAAUCUUGAAGAAAAAAUUUCGCAAACAGAUUUUCUUGGGUUGUGAUAAUCAUCCUUUGUCUAGGCAAGAAAUGAUGGAUCUGGUUAAUAGAAGUGGUAAAUUCAGUAAAAAGUUUGAUAAGUUUAGUGUAACUGAUGGCCCUCUAGGAAAGAAAUUAAACAACACAAGAACUCGUCAGGAAGUCAGUUGGGAGCCUAAGUACCCUAGUUUUGCUGAUUUUCUAUCGAGGAUGUGACAGAUUCCUAACUGCAUCUUUGCUGUUGGCUAUAAUAAAUGGGGGAAAAAAGAACAGAGAGGUUUUAGAGAAUGCUUGCUGCAGACAGAAAGUUUAUACACGCCUAAAAUCUAAAUAUUUGUAUUUUUAUGUUGACUCUACUACAUCGAACCGUGUAGUCGUAAUAAAUUCUUUACAUAUAACAAUUUUUGUGUUUCAUUACAAGAACAGUUCAAGUUAAAUGUUUACCUUAGGUCUCUUUA